UCUGUCAUCACAAAUAUGUUAACAAGUCACAACAAGAAGGUGCUAUAAUCAAAUAAUGAAUGGGGGCUGCUCACUUUCUAUCUAUAUUCAGACCAACAUUAAUAUGGGUUCCACACAUGUUGAUGUACUUAUUCUGCUAAUCACAAUGUUGUUUUCAUUCCCAGGAGAGUUGAUAGGCAUUGACUACCUCUACAUGCAGACGGGGAAGUGCAUGCAGGACAUGGAUCCUGAGGGGGAGGAGACGGAGCAGCUGCUGGAGGACCUGGGCGACGAGGCAGAGGAUGAGGGCUUCACAGACGACACCGAGGCUAGUCUGGAGGUCUUCUCUGCCCUCAUUUCACUACCACCUGCUCAGCCCUCCACCAGUGGUUCCUGGUCCGCUGCUCCACCUCCUCCUUCUCCACCACCACCGGCUCAGCCCUCCACCAGUGGUUCCUGGUCCGCUGCUCCACCUCCUCCUUCUCCUCCACCACCGGCUCAGCCCUCCACCAGUGGUUCCUGGUCCGCUGCUCCACCUCCUCCUUCUCCUCCGGCUCAGCCCUCCACCAGUGGUUCCUGGUCCGCUGCUCCACCUCCUCCUUCUCCACCACCACCGGCUCAGCCCUCCACCAGUGGUUCCUGGUCCGCUGCUCCACCUCCUCCUUCUCCACCACCACCUCCACCUGCGUCAUCUGCUGUCACCGCUCCGGGUGCCGCCCCACAGGUUCCUGUUGAGCAGUUGGCAGUGGAUGAAAACAACAUCCCGGGCCUGGAGAGGGUGGACCGCCUAGCCGAGUAUCUGGUGGGGCUGAGGAGCCAGAACAGCCUGGCCCUCAGCAACCGGGAUGUCGGCAUCAUCGUCGGCCUGUGGGAGGACCUGCUGCCCUACAACCAGCAGAAGGCGGUGUACCAUGCACGGCACCAGGACAGGCUGCUGACGGGGCGCUUCAGGUCGCCGAAGAAGAAGGGAGAGUUCACGUCGGGUGUGGACAGUUUGCGGAGAUGCACCAUAACAGCGAGUGCAUCUCCUGCACAGCUCUGCACCCUCCACCCUUCCCCUACCAAGAAGGGGAAGGGGUACCUCUCAAGGUGGAGUCUGAUCCUGAGGGACUACCGCAGGAUCAGACAGCUCAUCCUGGCCAACGGGGCCGUGAUGUCCACCACCAGCCUGCAGCUGGUUGAGGUGAACCAGACCACCCUCAUCCAGUGGCACAACAGGAGGGUGGCCAGGCAGGGUGUCUCCGUGUUGUGCCAGGGUGUGGACCUGCCUGCCCCCGUGCCUGUUGCCACCGUGGUCUUACCGCCGGGUAUGGACCGCCCCGCUGUGGCUCCUCAAACCCCGGGCCUGGUGAAAUAUUCCUACCACCUCCCGGAGAGCACAGCGGGGCGGGCCAAAAUGAACUGGAGGGCCACAGCCACCGCAGCCGUAGCACCAUCACCAGCACCGGCACCAGCACCAGCAACGGCACCUGCAACGGCUGUAAGGCCCAGGAUGAAGACAGCCCAGAGGCGGCUGUUUCCCUGUCCUCCCACCCCUGCCCCUGUCAUCAGCAGCACCCCUGCUCCAUUUGUUUUUGCCCUCCCCCGGGCCCCUACUCUCUCCGGCACUCCUGCCCUCACCCAAUCCCUCCCUAGCACAUCAUUCCUCCCGGUAAACCCCCUGUUGUGCUACCCUCACGCCCAGCCCCCCAUUAUGUUUGCUGUCCCCUCACCAGUGCCUCCCCAAGCCCCACAACGGAAGAGGCCUUACAACCGGACUGGGGAGGCAAAUAAAUGCAGGAAGUGUGGGGAGCCCCGGAGUGCAGCGACUGGCCACAGCCAGUACAAGGGGACAAUCUACUGCCCCUCCUCCGAGUCCCUGACCAAGGAGCAGUGGUUGACGGAGAGGAGGAAAUAA